AUGGAAGAUAAUUAUGAAAAACUUCUUAGUAAGAUGAAUAUAAUGAAAGAAAUUAGAGAAAUAGCAGAAUCAAAUCCUACAUUCCAAGAUAAGCUAAUUGAAAGUAUUCAAACCCCUAUUUAUCUUGUUCGUGAAAUAUUUAAAAGGCAAUAUUUAAAAGAUAUUCUAUUUGAAAUAUUUAAUGCUAUAUUAGAUGAGGAAAUAGAAGUUUUUUGGAAAGUAAUUUACCAGAUUGAUAAGACUAUAACUCAUGAUGAUAGUACUAAGAAAUAUAUAAAACAAAGAAAUGUGGGAAUUACUAUUACUUGUACAGAAUAUAAUAAAUCACAACUUCUGUUAAGUGCAAAAAAGAUAUCAGAUAAGGAUCGUCAAAUACUUCAUCAAUUUCUAGAUACAAUCCUAUAUACUUGUAGAAUAUUAUUUAAAAAUACUAAUGAAUUAACUUCAGCUAAUAGAUGUCUCGAUGAUAAUGAUAAUACAAUAUUACCUAAAAUAGUAAAGUCUCUAAUUGAAUCCAAUAAUGAAAAUGGAAAUGAUAAUAGUGAAAAAAGUUCUAAUUUUGAAUAUGAUAUUGCCGUAUCUGAUAAAGAGGAUAAUCAAAAUGAUCAUGAUACUGUUAAGCCUAAAAAUUUUGAUAGUAGUGAAGAUACGAUUAGUGACUCUAUUCAGAAGCUUUUUACUCAUAUUUUUGUAAAUGAUUCUAGAACAUAUGCUUCUCCUAUCGAAAAACUAUAUUACUCAGCAAAAUUUAUCCUAAUAUAUGUUGUAAUUGCGAUAUUACUAAUGUUGAAAGAGUAG